AUGAUUUGCAUCCUCGGAAAGGGGGUGCGACGGCAUUCCGCUCCGUCCCUUGGAGAUUUCCGCUCUGAACAAAUUCAGAAACCACACCAAAGCGCGGUUGUUGUGGUGCUCAACGGCGAUGGUGGGGACACUCUGAGUUUGUUUCCCCGGCGUCUUGGCGAGACCCACUACAGAGAUGUGCCAAGCCAAAGACGCGUCCUGGGCGGUGGCUUGGCGGUCUUGGCACACGGCCGACCGAACAUCGCGGCCCGGGCAAGAGAGCAGCGUCUUGAAGGCCAGGCCUUUCUGGGCUUGGAUGAGAGCCUUUGCUUGGGGAUGCGGAGAGGGCGAUUCCAGGCGAACCUGAACGAACUGCAUCAUACCGGGUUUCCGGAACCUGAGGCUGGAAGGCUUGCAGGAAUUGCUCUUGAAAAUGGAUUCAGGUGUCAUCUCUCACCGCAAGCAACAUUCAACGUCCCCACCCCAUCCGCCUUUGAGCUUUCCAAGGGCGUCCACUCCUCGUCUCUCUGCUUCCCGCUCGCGAGUACUGCGUGCAUACGUCCAGACGCUGCAUGUCAACUGAUCCCGCCCGAGCGUGUGCUUGGCAGAACCCCCGUCCUUCAACCCCGGUGUCAAGUGUGGAGGCGACGCAUCAGAUACGCUGAGACCUGA